CUCGCGGAGUGACGAAAAUUUCAGGUGAUUUUCCUCUCUCGCAAUUCCCGCAGUCGAUUGUGGAGGAGAGUUUCGGAGUGUGCUGGAGAUUUGUGCGAAUUUCCCUAUCUUGAUACCUUCAUUCACUCACUAAGUACUCCCUUUUCACCCUUGAAUCACGCAAUAAGGGAAGAUGUAUUCCUCGUCGAUGAAUGCAAAGCAGGCUCAGCGAGAGCACGUCUUGGCCGUGUCUCGUGAUUUCAUCUCGCAGCCCCGACUCACGUACAAGACCGUGAGUGGUGUGAACGGACCUCUGGUCAUCCUGGAUGAGGUGAAGUUCCCCAAAUUCGCCGAGAUCGUGCAGCUGCGCCUCAACGAUGGCACCAUACGCUCUGGCCAGGUGCUGGAAGUGAGCGGCUCCAAGGCCGUGGUGCAGGUGUUCGAGGGCACGUCAGGCAUUGACGCCAAGAACACGCUCUGCGAGUUCACGGGCGACAUCCUGCGGACUCCCGUGUCUGAGGACAUGCUGGGGCGCGUGUUCAACGGCAGUGGCAAGCCUAUCGACAAGGGCCCGCCAAUUCUGGCUGAGGACUUCCUCGACAUCCAGGGACAGCCCAUCAAUCCGUGGUCACGUAUCUAUCCAGAGGAGAUGAUCCAGACGGGUAUUUCAGCCAUUGACGUGAUGAACUCCAUCGCUCGUGGUCAGAAGAUUCCCAUCUUCUCGGCCGCUGGUCUGCCGCACAACGAAAUCGCCGCCCAGAUCUGUCGUCAGGCUGGUUUGGUGAAGGUGACCGGCAAGUCGGUGUUGGACGAGCACGAGGACAACUUCGCCAUCGUGUUCGCCGCUAUGGGUGUGAACAUGGAGACGGCGCGUUUCUUCAAGCAGGACUUCGAGGAGAACGGCUCCAUGGAGAACGUGUGUCUCUUCCUCAAUUUGGCCAACGAUCCGACCAUUGAGAGAAUCAUCACGCCUCGUCUGGCGCUCACGGCGGCCGAGUUCUUGGCCUAUCAGUGCGAGAAGCACGUGUUGGUCAUCCUCACUGACAUGUCUUCGUACGCUGAGGCUCUGCGUGAGGUGUCGGCUGCCCGUGAAGAGGUGCCCGGACGUCGUGGUUUCCCCGGUUACAUGUACACGGAUUUGGCCACGAUCUACGAGAGGGCCGGACGUGUGGAGGGCAGGAAUGGCUCCAUCACUCAGAUUCCCAUCCUGACUAUGCCCAACGACGACAUCACGCAUCCCAUUCCCGAUUUGACUGGCUACAUCACUGAGGGACAGAUCUACGUGGACCGUCAGCUGCACAAUCGUCAGAUCUACCCGCCGGUGAAUGUGCUGCCGUCGCUGUCGCGUCUGAUGAAGUCCGCCAUUGGCGAGGGCAUGACCAGGAAAGAUCACUCCGAUGUGUCCAACCAGCUGUACGCUUGUUACGCCAUCGGCAAGGACGUGCAGGCCAUGAAGGCUGUCGUGGGCGAGGAGGCUCUCACGCCCGAUGAUCUGCUGUAUCUGGAGUUCCUCACGAAAUUCGAGAAGAACUUCAUCUCGCAAGGCAACUACGAGAACCGCACGGUGUACGAGUCGUUGGACAUUGGCUGGCAGUUGCUCCGUAUCUUCCCCAAGGAGAUGCUCAAGAGAAUUCCCGCUUCCAUUCUCGCUGAGUAUUACCCGCGUGACUCGCGCCACUAAGCGGAGAAUCUUGGUCUCUUCUGCUCAGGCGGGAAAGGUGUGCGUUGUAUGAUGGCUAUACAUACAGAAUAUAAAAUUGAUUUUAAUGUUAAUAAGAUAAAUUGCAAGUGCAAAAAAGAGAGAUAGAAAGGGAUAGUGUUAAGUAGAUUUCUUUGGAUCAUUCCAUCAACAUGAAGUAUUUUAAACUGAGUUGUCUUUCUUCGUGUCGUGAACGCCCUAAAUUGCAACAAAAAAAAAACAAUUCAGCAAGGAAAGCGAUGUAAAAAGCAAAAUGUAAUGUUAAAUAAAGAUCGUUAGAUGUUUCUUGGUUUCAAAAA